AUGGGGAAGCAACUGUCGCCCUCUACAGUAGAUGGGGGUUUUAUCCUCUCGCCUGCUGCGUUGGAAAACCCAGGGACAAACGAUCGAGUCUUCCAGCGCAUACUUCAAUGGCAUCUUUCCAAAGAAGUUCUGGCAAAAAUUGCCCCGGGGCUGCAAUCCUUCGGCUCCGAUGCAAUUUCGGACGAGACCAAUGAUUUGAUCGGAAAUGCAGAAUCCCAGCAGCCAUACGUCAAGUCCUACAAUGUAUGGGGCUCACGGCAUGAAGCAGAAGGCUUGGUCACUAGUAAAGGCUGGAAGGAACUGGGGAAAUGGGGGAUUAAGCAUGGUGUGGUGGGACUUGGCUAUGAGGAUAAAUUUGGUCCAUAUCGUCGUACCGUCCAGCACGCAUUCAACUAUCUGUUCUCUGCUUCAUCCGCCGCCUUCUCGUGUCCAGUCUCGAUGACCUCUGGCGCUGCACGUUUAGUCCGAAGCCAACUCCCUGGGCUCCCAACAGACCAUCCCUUCCACGAACUCUAUGCUCGUCUCAUUGCUCGGGAAAACAACUGGAUCUCUGCGCAAUGGAUGACUGAGCGACCAGGAGGCAGUGAUGUUCGUAAUAGCGAGACUGUUGCCACAUACUCUCCACUUUCUUCCAAGACCGGUCGUUUCGGCAAUAUGGAAGAAGGCGACUAUCUACUCUCAGGUUUCAAGUUCUUCUGUAGCGCGACCGAUUGCGACACGGUAUUACUGUUAGCAAAAACCGAGUCAGGAGAACUUUCACUCUUCGUGGCUCCGACCACUAUAUCCAAGAAGGAUACCGCUACCGGAAAAUCGAAAAAGAUAUCCAAUGGUAUUCGCAUUCACCGUCUCAAAAACAAAAUGGGCACAAAAGAACUACCUACAGCAGAGGUCGAGCUUCGUGACGUACGAGCUCACCUUAUAGGUCCCAAAGACCGCGGUAUUCCAACAAUUGCGUUAUUGUUAAAUGUCACUCGCACCCACAAUUUCAUCACGGCGUUGUCGUGUCUUCGUCGUGCCAUGGAUAUCGCAAAGGCAUUUGCCAAAUCUCGGACCACAAUUGAUCAGCCCCUCUGGACAUUUCCAAUGCACUUGAAUGUGUUGGCGCAACUUGAGGUUAAGCAUCGUGGCUGGAUGCAGCUUGCUUUUUUUACUUCAUCGCUGUUAGGUUAUGUGGAUAAUGGAUUCCCUGUCGAUGCUCCUGAUGUCUUUUCAGUUCUUGCAAAUAAUUCGAGAGCUGCGAAUGUUGUUUUGCGCGCAUUUACCUCUACCUCCAAGGCUGUUAUAUGCAAGUCGGCUACACUGGCCUUCCAGGAAUGCCAGGAAGCGAUGGGAGGCGUGGGUUAUAUCGACGAGCCUGAAGAGCCCGAGUUCAAUGUUAGCCGGUUAUGGCGAGACACCGCGAGCAACAGCGUCUGGGAGGGCACUACCAAUGUUCUCGCCAGUGAAACAGUGCGCCAUCUGACCAAGGGAAAGAAUCUAGACCUCUUUGAUGAAUGGAUGCGCGAUGUCAUCGGUCAAGUUUCCGACAUUGCCUACAAAGCCACUCUCCAAAAUGUCUGGCGUCGACUUAAAGACCGACUGGACUCUGGCCGUGAUGAGAGAGCCUUGUCCCACCUUCUUGGAGUCGCCCGUCAAAUCAUCUUUACACUUUCUUGGUUGGUGUGUGGAGUUCUUCUCUCUCUGGAUUCUCAGAGAGAUAAUGAUAGGGUUGCUCGUGAGGUGGCCAGAAGGUGGGUAUUGGAAGGCCAGGGAGUGCCGGGGGAAUUUGCUUUCACUGAACUCAUCUUCCAGCGAUCUGCUACAGCUCAAGAUGGAAAACCGACAGGUCGUGCGCGUACUGAACUGGACUGCCGUAUAGUUUGGAACGUGGAUCUGCCUUCGGAUGCCUCUUUGGGAUACCGAGCAGCCAAGAUUUAA